GGAUAACGUUCCGUACAUGUUAUGCGCACGAAACUUGUGAAAAGCACAUGGGGAUGUGUAAGGGUUUACUGGCUUGUCAUAUGCCUGUGGUAAUCUGCUUAUAAAACAAUGAAAUUUGCCUACAGGUUUUCUAACUUGCUCGGUUCUGUGUACCGGAAAGGGAACUUGUCCUUCACACCUGAUGGGAACAGCGUCGUCAGCCCGGUGGGGAACAGGGUCACUGUGUAUGACCUGAGGAACAACAAGUCAGAAACCUUGCCUAUAGAAUGUCGACUGAACAUCCAGUGUGUCGCUCUCUCCCCAGAUGGCUUCACCAUGAUCCUGGUAGACGAAGAAGGGGAGGCAAGCCUGUGCAGUCUAGUCAGCCGUUCAGUGCUUGCCACGUUUCACUUCCAUAAGCACGUGUAUGAUGUGAGCUUCAGCCCUGAUGGAAAGAAGUUUGCUGUGACGAAGGACAGCGUCAUCUUGGUGUUCCACGCCCCCGGGAAGACACGGGAGUUCAACCCCUUCGUCUUCUACAGAACAUUCUUCGGUGCAUAUGAUGACAAUGUCUGUAUCGCCUGGAGCUCAGACUCGCGAGUGCUGUGUGCGGGAUGUAAGGACAUGAACACACGGGUCUUCGGAGUGGAGAGAUUCUCCAACCUGGUCAUGUAUUCCAUGGGCGGACAUACGGACAUCAUUGUCAACGCCUUCUUUGGGAAAAACUCACUGGACUUGUACUCACUGGGUCAAAAUGGCCUCCUAGUUGUGUGGAAGUGUGACACAGAACCGGAUGGCCUCGAGCCGUACGUGCCAGAAGUGAUGGACACAGAGCACUCUGGAGAUGAACUAGAUGAACCUGAAGAAGAACCAGGAGAUGGUGGGAAGGAGCAGCUGCUAAAAUACAAGAGACUACAAGAGAAAGCAGAAGCUCGAGUAAAGAAGAAAAUCCACUACCGACAUCUUGCAAAACACAUCAUCAAGGACCAGCAGAAGAGUGACGGCUCCAUGACGAAACUGACGUCUGCUGCGUUUCACCCAGAUACUGGCGUCCUGGUCACUGGUUUCCAAGACGGAUCAUUCUUCCUCCACGAAAUGCCAGAGUUCAGCAUGAUUCACUCUCUCAAUAUUUCUGACCAAAGUAUUGCCUCCAUAUCAAUAAACUCCAGUGGUGACUGGAUUGCGCUGGCGUGUUCUGGUUUGGGGCAGUUGCUGGUGUGGGAGUGGCAGAGUGAGACAUACGUCCUGAAACAACAGGGUCACUUCAACAACAUGGAGUGUCUCGCAUACUCCCCCGAUGGACAACACAUCGCAACAGGAGGGGAUGAUGCGAAGGUGAAGGUUUGGAACACCGGCAGUGGCUUCUGUUUUGUGACCUUCAACGAGCACCUCGGGGGAAUCACCGGGGUCACAUUCAACCAGAACGGCAAGGUGGUCUUGUCAGCAUCCCUCGACGGCACCGUCCGAGCCUUCGACCUCGCCAGAUAUCGCAACUUCAAGACAUUCACAUCACCACGUCCUGUGCAGUUCUCUUGUCUAGCGACCGACAACAGUGGGGAAGUGGUGUGUGCCGGCGGAGUCGACGUGUUCGAGAUAUUUGUGUGGUCCAUGCAGACUGGCAGAUUGCUGGAGAUACUCACAGGGCAUGAAGGACCAAUCAGCAGCCUCAGUUUCAGUCCAGCAAGAGCCAUCUUGGCCAGUGCAUCAUGGGACAAAACUAUCAAAGUAUGGGAUGUGUUUGAGAACAAGUCCGCCAAGGAAUCCUAUGGACUGCCCACAGAUGCCCUGGCUGUAGCGUUCCGCCCUGACGGCAGUGAGUUGGCUGUUGCCAGCCUGGAUGCCACCAUCACUCUGUGGAGUCCGGACACAGGGACCCAGGUCGGCACCAUCGAGGGCAAGCACGAUGUCGGGUACUCGAGGAAGGCGACGGACAAAAUAACAGCUAAAAAGUCAGCAGCUGGAAAGGCCUUCACAACGAUCUGCUACAGUGCGGAUGGCGAUUGUCUCCUGGCUGCAGGGAGGUCAAAGUUCGUCUGCAUCUAUUCCGUCCCGGACCGCCUUCUGAUGAAGAAGUUCGAGAUCUCCUGCAACAUGUCCUUUGAUGGAAUGGAGGAGUUCCUGGACCGGCGCAAGAUGACGGAGUGGGGAAACAUGGCGCUGGUGGAUAGCGAGGAGGGGGAGCAGAUCGCCCUCCCCGGGGUCCGCAAAGGGGAUAUGAGUUCCCGGCACUUCAAACCAGAGGUCCUCAUCUCCACAGUCAGGUUCUCUCCAACAGGGCGUGCGUGGGCUGCCACGUCCACAGAAGGUCUCCUCAUCUACUCCCUCGACCACAACCUGGUGUUUGAUCCCUAUGAACUGGACACAGACAUCACGCCGGCCAGUGUCAGAAUGACCUUGGCAAAGGGAGAUCACUCUAAAGCUCUUCUUCUCAGUUUCCGUCUGAAUGAACAGAAGCUGAUUCAGGAAGUCCUGGAAUCUAUUCCACCCGAUGACAUUGACGUUAUCUGCCAGUCAUUACCAGACACAUAUGUUGACCGUCUGCUCGGGUAUGUGGCCAAUCAGAUAGAGACAUCUGCUCAUCUCCAGUUCUAUCUCACUUGGAUACAACGUCUGCUUUUUGUACAUGGGCCAAAGGUCAAGCAAAGGUCACAAAAGGUCAUGGCUACUCUGAGAACCCUUCAGAAAAAUGUCACCCGGAAAUACGAGGAUAUUGGAAAACUAUGUGAUCACAACAAGUACCACCUUGACUUCAUCGUGGCGAUGUCGCGGAACAAGCGGAAACAUGUGAAGGAUGAUCAGGAUGGGAGCGAGGAGGAGCUGAUGGAGGCGGCCGAGUCAGACUCCGAUGUCGACCUCCAGGAUAUGAUGAGGGAAGAAGAUUUUAUGUCUAAUUUUGAUACAUGAAAUAAAUAUGUGCAUAAAAAAU